AAAUAAAUAUAAUUGUAAGGUAUAUUCAUAAAAUUUUCAUAAUAAAAACAAUAAUAAUAACCAGAAACAACGACAAGAUUCCUCGGGGCCACUGUAUAAAUUCGCCUCCAAAGAUGCCUCAAAAGGUGCCACUUUGGAAGCUCUCCUCUUCCCGCUUCCAUCAAGCAAAUGGCGCUCCGCAGAACCCUAUCCUCUCGUCUUCUCCACAGCGCCGACCUCGCCGCACAACGCCCCCACCCACCCCUCACACUGAGGAAACACCUUCUGCCGGACCUUCCUAAUAAGAUCCUAUCCGCUCACCGCCGGAUCUCACAUUCCGCCGCCAGCUUCGACGGACUCCCAUCGCCUCCGUACCUCCCCUUCCCCGUCGGCGACCAUCUUAUGAAAACGAUAUCCUCUUCGUUGUCUCCAGAUCGGAUCGGCCUCAUCAUUCCCUCUCUGCCUCCGAGAUCCCAAAUGGAAAUGGAAAAACAAGAUGUUGGGCCUCCGAUAUCCCAAAUGGAAAUGGAAAAAGAAGAUGUUGGAAUCGAAAGUCUAAAUAGAGCUAAAAUCUCGGUGCAGGACGCCAUGAAAUUGCUCCAAUAUUCACGGAUCGAGAAGGCGAGGGAGAGACUAAGAUCCAUUCCGAAGCUCUUCAUCUCCUAUUCCGAUUUCGCCCAAAUCUGCCGUGAAAUCGCCGGCGGUAGCGACGACGUUGCUGCCAGCGACGACGUUGCUGCCGCUCUCGAUAACUCCGGCGCCGUCGUCGUCAUCGGUGACGUUGUCUUCCUCCGCCCCGAGCAGUUAGCUCAGGCGAAGGAGAGCUUCUCUGAUCCGCGAAGGAGCGAGCUGAAAGAGAUGGAGGCGGAGAAAGCUGUGAUUGAUGGCAAAGCGAAGGCACAGGUGAGGCGGGAGCUUUGGGCUGGGCUGGGCCUUGCGGUUCUUCAGACUACGGCUUUUAUGAGAUUGACGUUCUGGGAGCUGUCGUGGGACGUGAUGGAGCCCGUUUGCUUCUUUACGACGUCGAUCUACUUUAUCAUGGGCUGGGCCUACUUUCUUCGCACGUCGAAAGAGCCUUCAUUUGAGGGUUUCUUUUCGGGCCGUUUUGCCGCCAAGCAGCGCAUGCUUAUCAAGGCCCAUAAAUUUGACCUGUCGAGAUUUCGUGAGCUAAGUAGGGCUUUGGCGGGCUCACAGGGAUGCGACAGCAGGUUUUGCGCUUGUGGCUGCCAUUCCCAUCACUGGAGAGCUGAAACUGAAUUUAAUAAUUCACAUUGAAAUUUCUUUUAAAAAUUUAAACUUCACAAAAUAAUUCACAUG